AUGUCACGAUUUCUCGGGCGGUUGUCUCGCACGCCAUCCACCCAGUCCGUCAGGAGCCAGGCUUCCGCCGAGCCACUCCCUGCAAAGACAUCCGAGAUCCUCACCAAGCCCGCACCAGGUUGCACUCCAAAGCCCAGUGAGCCUCUCAACGCUGAACAGGAGAAAAAGCUGGCCGAGCUCGAAAAGUAUGUUCGACAGAUCGUAGCCCAGGACCCGCCCAAGGACGACUACAAGAAGUGGGAGGACAAGUGGCUCAACGAACACAACCUCUACCAGCGCUAUCUUCGUGCUGCAAAGGGUGAUCUCGACAACGCAAAGAGGAGGAUCAAGUCGACGCUCGAGUGGAGGAGAGACUUCUGUCCGGAGAUCAUCCCCCCUGGCAGUGUAUCGCACGAAGCAGAGUCCGGCAAGCACGUCGUCUCAGGCUUCGACAAUGACGGCAGGCCCCUGAUCUACCUCAGGCCAGCACGCGAGAACACCAAGCCUAGCGAUGCUCAGGUGCGCUAUCUCGUAUGGACCCUUGAACGAGCGAUCGACUUCAUGCCACCAGGAGUCGAAAACUACGCCAUCGUCAUCGACUACCACAAGGCCACCACUUCAACCAAUCCUUCCCUCUCUACCGCCAAGACGGUCGCCAAUAUCCUCCAGAAUCACUACGUCGAACGACUCGGACGUGCCUUUGUUGUCAACGUGCCCUGGUUCAUCAACGCCUUCUUCACUGCCAUCACACCUUUCCUCGAUCCCAUCACCAAGGACAAGAUCCGCUUCAAUGCCAACCUCGCCGAAUUCGUGCCGGCAGAACAGCUUGACGCCGAGUUCGCGGGAGGAAAGUACAACUACGAAUGGAACUUCCAAAAGUACUGGAGCACUCUCAUCGAGGUUGGAGGCAUCGCGGAGGAUGGCACUCGCAAGUCCGAUGGCGCUACCGAGCAGCAAUCGACAAAGCACGAAGCAGCACAGGUAUCAGCCAAGGAGGACCCUAUUGAGAAGCACGCCAAUGCGAUUGCAGCGACCCAGCUGACAGAAGAAGGGGCUACAGUCGGUCUCGGUGCCGCUGCUGGUGCUACAGCUGGCCUUGCGGUCGUUGGAGGAUCCGCCGCAGCCGCCGCAGCCAGCAACGAUGAUGACAAAGCAACCUCUUCUUCCGCCUACAAGUACCUGCAGAACACCUCGGACUACGAAGACCUGCUCUCCAAGUACGACACCUUCCUGUUCGACUGCGACGGCGUCCUAUGGUCUGGCGACGACACGAUCCCAGGCGCUGUCUCUGUCCUCGAAAAGCUGCGCAAGCGCGGCAAGUCGGUCAUCUUUGUCACCAACAAUGCCUCGAAAUCGCGUCAAACGUACCUCAAGAAGUUUGCCGGCAUGAACAUCCAAGCAUCGCUCGACGAAGUCUUCUCCUCCUCAUACGCCUCUGCUGUCUACCUCAAGAAGGUGCUCAACUUCCCUGCCGAUCGCAAGGUCUACGUCAUUGGUAUGCACGGUAUCGAGGAGGAGCUGGACGCCGAGAACAUCCAGCACUGCGGAGGCACCGAUCCGGAGGACAACAAGUUUCUGCCAGCGCUCGACUUUACUUCGCUGCAGAACGACGACGCGAUCGACCCGAAAAUCGGUGCGGUUGUCUGCGGCUUCGAUAUGCACAUGUCCUACAUCAAGCUCGCCAAGGCGUUCAAGCACCUUACGCGACCCGGAUUCGACGGGCCGGUGGAAGCCAAUGCGACAGGCGGAGGCUGUCACUUCAUUCUGACCAAUGACGACUCGACGUUCCCUGCCAAAGGUGGCCCCUGGCCUGGAGCAGGCAGUCUGUCCGCACCGCUCAUCUUUUCGACCAAACGCACACCUACCAUCGUGGGCAAACCGCACAAGCCAAUGCUCGACUGCAUCCAGGCUGUCAAGCAGUUCGACCCCAAGCGGACCAUCAUGGUCGGUGACAGGUUGAACACCGAUAUCGAGUUCGGAAAGGCCGGUGGUGUCGCGACGCUGCUGGUGUUGACGGGUAUCUCAAAGAGGGACGAGAUCGAGGGACCGGAUGCAAAGACGGUACCGGACUACUUGAUUGACAACCUCGGAGAUCUGGAUGCCGUACCGUGA